UGUAAUACCUGCCCUGAACAGCACUUUCCACGCCGGCUUUAAUAGUACGGCCCUUGCAGUUGUUGGGCUCGAUCUGUGUGGUGAGGCGCUCAUGCACUUCGCUUAACCCCGUGAAGAGAACAUCAAACCAAGAAGAGCUCAUAUCAUCCCUACUGCGUAUACGCGCCUAGUAAGAAGGAUCCGAACUCACACUACUCUGUGUUCGCUGUCAACAUGCCAGCCGAAGCCAAAGUUGAUGAGCUUUGGUUGUUUGGAUACGGGAGUUUGAUCUGGAAACCGCCGCCACACUUUGACAGGAGAAUCCCAGGCUGGGUGACAGGCUAUGUGAGACGGUUCUGGCAAAGCGAAGACCACCGUGGCACCCCCGAAGCCCCAGGACGAGUCGUGACUCUCAUCUCGCGCUCAUACUGGGAGCAGCUGACCGACCACCAUGACUCGGCCCCCGAGAGAGUCUGGGGCGUCGCCUACCGCAUCAUCCCCGAGCGCGUCGCCGAGGUGAAGGACUAUCUCGACAUUCGCGAGAUAAACGGCUACACAAUCCACUACACCCCCUUCUACCCAGCACCCAGCAUCGAUGACAACACCAACGAUCCGCUGACUGCCCUGCCCGGGAAACUGCCGAUCCAAACGCUGGUUUACAUCGGCACGCCAGACAACGAGCAGUUCGUCGGCCCGCAGGACCCCCAGAAGCUAGCCGAGCACAUCUACCGCAGCGAGGGGCCGUCGGGGCUGAACCGUGAUUACUUGUGGGGUCUCGAAAAGGCCCUCGAUGAACUCAGUCCGGAAAGCGGUGACGAGCACGUCACCGACCUGUCGAAUCGGGUUCGAGCGGUGGCGGCGGCAGCGGCGGCGGAAGGGAAAGGAGAGGUGGUGGUGAGCCAGACUGACAGAAAAAACCAAAUCUUGCGUGCGCAAUCUCCUGUCAGUGUCAGUCUGGACGGUUCUUCUUCUUCUUUGGAGCAUCAACAUGAGCAUCAUCAUCAUCAUCAACAUCACGAGUUCCAAAAGGUCAGCAGCAUAAACGAGCAAGAAGAGACAGAAAAGGCUUCGUGAUGGUCGAAGUAAACAGACAAACAGACGCGCACACUCAGAAACCAAAAAGGAGAGAGAAAAUUGAAAACACAAGAAGAAAAAAGCACAGCUACGAGUUUUCUGUUUCUUUUUUUCUCCUCCUUUUCAUUCCCUCCACCAAUUCAUGGUUUAUUUUUUCUUAUUCCCCUCCUUGAUGCUUUCUCGUUCCCCUGACCAAUACAGGCAGCAUAUUCCACCUGUCCCACCUCUUCCUUUUUCACAACCUCCUCACCCCCACCCAGACAGCCCAGCCGCCCCUCUGUUUCUCAUGUCGCACAUGAGACAAGAAACAACCGCGGCAUUGUUGAACAAAAGGGAAGCCCAUGACAUAACCCAUUCCCCCCUUGAUUCAUAACACACCCUUUAUCUGCAUCCCCCCAAUGCUCAACCCAAUUCCCACAGCCGUUUCGUCGUCAGCCUUAGUCCCACACACACACACACACACACAACAAUAGUAUAAUACACACACACAUGAUAUCCCUACUUUUGAGAAAGAAGAAACAAACCAAACAGGACAUAUCACAAAACGGGCAGAAGAAAUGCAUUAAAGACUAAGCAAACAAGACAAAAAAUUAAAACAGAAACACGCCCAGAAAUUUCUCAGAAGCCACCACCACCACAUAUGCCACAGGUAAAUGGGUGGUAAAAUCCCUGUUUUGCUUCUGGGCUGACAAAUAAUAAUUGGACGGGGAGACGGAGCCAACAAAGCCCAGUUGCUGUUGUCUAGGUAGCCGUCCGACUAAACCGAAGAACUGUCGAUCAUAACAUGAGAAAGACAAAAAAAACGUAUCGGAAAAGGGAUCGAGCGGGGUAUAUGUGGUGGUUCUCAAAGAGCAGCAAAAAGCCCUGAUCGUACAGAAAACUCGAACGGGUCGUGUGUUGUUUUGGGUAUCGGUUCUCAAAGUCAUUUCUUCUAGAAGAAGCUGUUAGGAGGAAGAGAACCACGGUGGUCUGGUUGACGAAAUUCCUAGUAUCCUUGACCUGGGUUAGGCUGCGGCUGCUGGCGCGGCUGGCCUUGCUGGGAGGGAUCAGGGUAUCCGUAUGGCUGUUGCCAGGCUAAGGAAAGGAACUGUUAGUGACAGUGCUCCCUCUUGUUCUUUUUCGUAUCGUCUUACUUUGGGGAGGGGCAGCGUAGCCUGCCGGGACGGCCUGGGAGUAUCCGCGUCCGUAAGGCUGGACGUAGACGUUGGGUGGCAUUCCGUACGGUUGCGGGGCGCCGUAUGCCAUGGGCAUCGGAGAACCUCCCAUCUGGACGGCUCCGUAUCCACCACGGCCGAAGCCAGGAGGACCUCCUCGUCCGCCGCCUCUGGGACCAGUGUCCGAGGCCUUGUCGACACGGAUCUGACGGCCGUCGAAUCUGGAGAAGGGUCAGAAAACUGCAAGGUCAAAGGGGAGGAGAGGUUCGUCUGGGGGACAAAAGUACUCAAUGUUGUUCAUCGCAGAGAUGGCUUUCUGGGCGUCGUCUGGGUUGGUGUAUCUGACGAAACCGAAGCCUCUACUACGGCCAGUGUCGCGAUCUUUGACAACAACCUAGAAGAGGAGAGGUUAGAGACCAGAGUCUUCGCGGUGUUCCUGAUCUUACCAAGCACCAACGCCCAAGGGCGAUGGUAACAAGGAGCAAGAGCCGCACCAAAUGAAAGCGCACCACGACAUACUGCUUCUUCCACCACGCCAAACUCCUCAAACUUUUGCCUCAGAGUAGCCUCCUCGGUGUGCCAUGCGAGGCCGCUGUUUUCUCUGUUAGCCAGUCGCCUGCCGCGUGUGGGGAAGGAGGCAGAAUCUGCACCCCAUUGGACUUCUUGUCUUACCCAAUAAACAACUUGGACAUGCUGUCGGAUUUCUUGUUUGCGUCGGCUGCACUGGAAGGGAAAGUUUCUUUCGAUCUAACUAGUGUAUAGUAGACACUAGUGCUCUUUCAGAUCAAGUCGAGUCUCCCGUUGUCGGAGCAAAUGCGACUCUUGAUGAGGAAGAGAAAGUCGAAGGUUGCUUGGAAGAAAAGAGCGGGGGGCCAAGGGCUAAGUAGCACUGGGUUGAUGGGUGCUGCUGUUUGCCUCUGAACAGUGUGGGUGAGAAAAGAAACGCUCCGAGACUGGGUGACUGCCCUUCUUAACCGGCCAGGUGUCGGAGGUGAGAGUCGAGAGUCGAGUGGCUCGAUGAUUUCAGCCGGACAAAGCAGUCUGUUUUUCGAUAAAAUCAAGCCUUUGGUUCCUCAAGCGAGACUGGGAGGAUGGUAAGGGGAAGGGGCGACCAGUGGCUCAGGGAACGGUGGGGUGUUAGCGAAGCUAUGUUAUGUGGUAUGGGUCAAGGGUUCUCCAAAGAUGUUCUGUGGUGCCGGUUGGUUGGUGGGAGAGAGAUGGGCACUCGGGGGGAUGAAGGACCAGAGCCGCUGGCAGGCACUUGAUGCUACCCGUCUUAUAUGCCAGUACAGCGGGCUACCUAUUCCUGGGGAAGGGCCCGAAUACCGCUUCUGCCUUGGCCGCAUUUUGGUCCAUGAGACAGGGCCUUUGUCGUGAGCCGACGUCGGUCGCUCCCGUGCAGUACCUUGCUUCUGCUGCCCCGGUUGAUGUCCUGCUAGGCAUAACCAUGAGAGCAUGGUUAUGUUCCCAGACAAGCAUCAAACAUACCAAAGGGACCGCAACCCCAGGACAGCGUUCGCUACGGGUGCCUGUGGCAUGGAGGAGUAGUGUAACAUGUGUCGUUUGCCACAGAAGAUCUGUAUAAAGAUCCAAACACUCCAUACGAAUACGCCCUGGCUCCCCGUAGCUACUCAUGAGUCCAGGGAGUUCAAGGCUAGGAUUGGUCAGAGGACAUUCGUGAGAUCCUUGAUCAACGUCUUUCAGAUCAGGGACUGUUAAACCCCACCUCACUGCCACUGAUGAUGACCCCUGGCAGUUUUGCAGCUACUAGCUCAAUACAGACCCUGGCCUUGGUUUUCUGUACUAUGAAGGGAAACUGCCUUGGUUUCGUCACCCCUGGCUAUUCCUGCUCGCUGGGGUCUAGGUAUCUUGCCUUGCCCAGAGAUGAUGUGCCCAGAAAGGUUGUUUCUAACUCGUGGUCCAGGUUUUCUCCGAUGGUGAUAUCGCAAGCCUGACCUCGUCCUAGCUGCCCGUGGAUGUGUCGACGAAGGCAUUGGUGUUGAUUUUGCCGGCAUUAGCAAAUAUGCGACUGUAUUAUGCAUCUCCCUCCCACUCAUUUUUGGUUGCCCGAGUGGAAGCAGAAUAUGGACCUUCACGUUAAGGCCCCAGUUUCCCAUGAACAACGCCAGAGGCAGCAAACGGGUGCUGGAAACAUAUCCGGAAACCCCUGUGAUUUGGAUCGUGGUCCUGUGGAACAGGAAUCCAUGGCAAGAAACAGCCCUGGAAACACACAAAACCCGUGCUGCGUUUGGUGUAGCGUGCGCCUAGUACCUAAAAACCGUUUGGCGCUCGCUUUUUCCCUCGGCCUGUCCCCAGACCCGCUCCUCUGUGGUGAGCGAAGUGUUCCUGAAGUUCUCCUGGAGAAGGGGGCCAAACCGGUCACCUCCGAAAACAAAUUUUCAGGGCCAUCGUGAUGCAUUCGAUACAACUCCAUAUGCAUGUCCCCAUCUUCUGUGCACAGCACUCAAGUCCCAAUAGAGACUCCCAGAGCUAGGAUCGGCUAGGGUGCAACGAGCCGUCCAGAGAAGGAAAGUGGAUAUCAGUAUGAAACAUGGUUGAAUGACCCAUCAAGAUGCGAAACUUCACAGCAUUUCGAUCGGAGUGCAACCUCAACAUGACAUGAAACCCUUUGUCGACCCCUCGAUGGCCGCCUUCAGAUGAGUUGCUCAAGCUUCACGACGACCGCGCUCUUGUGCCCACGUGCCUUUUGCGGCGGCUACCACCUGACAAGAAGAUAGUUUGCGGGCGAUCCAGCUUCCCGAAAUUUUAUCCCUCCAGUCGAUCUUGACUUGCAGAGGCCAAAGUAAUCACACCACAGCAAAUCGGGUAAACGGGUCAGUCGACUGCCGCGAAGCAAGGCACCUGGACAAUAACAGGGCCUCUCCAACUCCCACAGUAAAGGCGAGCAUAACGCAGAGGGCUCGACGGCCGGUCCUCAUACCCUUCCUGACCUCUGUGUAUGUGUGUAGUCUCGGAGCGAAGGAGAUAUCUGAUGCGUAUCGAAUGUUCCGCUGGUCCAGGCUUGGCAAUGGCACCUCUUGCUGG